AUGUCUGUUCUCUCGAUGUAAAACCACUUUAAAUCAGUCCUUCCUCUUGAGGACCUCGCAAAUGGAACAUAAACAAAAUAUUGUGUCAUAAUUAGAGUAAGAUUUUUAAUAAUCUGAUCUCUCCUUCGAUACUUCUCUUUCCUCUAAAAAGAAAUCGUAGCACAAAUUCAAGUUAGCCGUAUAGUCUGGAUCUUUACGCCAUGGUAACUGAAAAAAAAAUGAGAUAUGGGUUAUGAACAUUUCGGGUGAGUUUUAAGAGAGCAGUCGCCCUUUUAGGCCGCUGGCUAUGUAUAGAAAUAAAUUUCAAAUAAACGGUAAUUUGCGGUAAAUAUAGCUGCCAGAUGGUUUAAACUGGAUUCAUCACCGAUUAUAGAUCGGGCUAUUUGGAAAUAACUUGAUACAUAAAGCGACCAUAAGCAAACUCCUCAAUCUUGAUUGGCUUACAGGUAAUGUUAUAUCUGACCAAAAAAUCAUGGUCCACAAAUAUGUUAUGAUUACGUGUCAUGGUUCAGCACCAUUUGUUGCAGAGCUUAAGAUUGUUUUAUGGUUUUUUGAUAAAAACAAACAGAAAAAAUUUUCCACUUGUGUAAAAUAAAAAUAAGAGAGAGCCAGCUUACAUCUAACGCGUGUAAAAUAUCAGUUAUAGAUAAAUUAUUAAAUUUAAGCUUGCAGUCCCAAAACAAAGUAAUUAAAUUAAAGAGAUUAAGAUUUACAAAUAAGGCAAACGGAUGAAAUUUAUUUUCUUGUCGUCUGCUGUCGGCCAUUUUUACAUUAAAUUCAGAAUAUUUGCGGUGACCGUUGACAAGAGACUUUUGAAAUUUUCAAAAAAAAGGCUAACGCUCGAGACGUCAGCUCUAGAACCUCUUUAUGAUACCAAAUUUACAUUAUCAACUCAGUUGAUAGAGACAAAUUAUACUAUGUUGACCCGAGGACUAUAAAGAUAGGGGGUGAAUAGAGAGUUGACUACGCCGUUGCCGGAAAUUUCCUGUUUAAACUCAGAUCAACAGCGGGACGAACAAGGUUCAAGCAUACGAGGGAGAAUUUGGUUUGAUCACUUUCAGAUUUUUCGUUUGCCAUUCGAGAAAAUUUUCUCCAUCCUUUCUCAUUCCUACUCCUUUUUACUUAUUCUUUCAAUUUCCAUGUUUUUCUCAGUCCUACUACAGCAGGUUUUUCUUACGCUUCCGUAACCUCAAACUUUGUUUUGCGAUUUUAUUAAAAAAAAAACCCCGUUAAUUUACUCCACGUAACUCAGUACUUCCAGUUCUAUUUUCCUUGCAGCCGGAAUCAGCAAAUCUGAUUCUUUGUAAAGUGUUACUUAUUCUUCUUACAGUUGUUAUAAACGUCAAUUGAAUUUCUUGGUUACUUCCGCUGAUAAUUUGGUUGCAUUAGUAUUUUUUUACCUAACACAGGUUUAUCCGCUUCCUGAGACCGACCCACGCCUAUACCCUCCGCAAGAUGCCAUCAGUGGUCUACGAGGUGCGAACGCAGUUGGAUCCGUUAUAGAUUGUCAUAGAAACCCAGCCUUUGUUGUGGAGCUCUUUUCGAGAGAAAACUCAGAAGUGCGUACCACGCAGCCCGGACAGGAACUCGAGACAAUGGUUUGUUUUUUUUCUUGUUGUUGUUGUUUUCCAAGAAUUAAUCUGCGCCUUUUGACACUGCUUUCUGAUUCAAUUGCUAUGGACUCGUGUGAGUAAAAGUUUUAAAAAAUGAAAUUCUGAGGAAGCAUUUAUUAAUUCAUUUGAUUAUUCAUUGAUUUCUUCACCCACAUUCUUGCUUCUUCAUUCAGUCGUUUCUACAUACCGAUACUCAUUCAUUUAUCUCAUUCAUUCAUUCAUUUAUUCAUACAGGCAUUUGGCCAAUCACUCGCUCUCUCACUCAUUCAUUCAUUCAUUUAUUCUUUCUUUCAUUCACACACAUCGACACUUAUUCCCGUACCUUAAUCUUUCAUUCAUUCACUCACUUAAAAACUCACCCAGUUACUUACUCACCCACUCACAUAUUCGUUCACUUAUUCAUUCCUCCAUCUAUUCAGCCAACAUACCAUUGGCUACAAAGGUUAGGUAUGACUCUGUUAAACUCGUAGAAAAUGCCUUCAAGUACUUGCCAAGUUAAUAAACCAAAUAUAGAAGUAAAUAAGGUGUUGACCUUUUUAACUUAUGAAUUUAUCCACCGAAGGAUGAAGAUAUCUGCCGAAUUUGUCACGAUACCAAAGAAAAAGAAGAACUUGUACGAGUUUGCCGAUGUGAUGGAUCUGCGCGGUUCGCCCAUAGGAGUUGUGUCCUACGUUGGUUUCAAUUUUCCUUCCGUCAGGAAUGUGAACUGUGUCAUUACAAAAUGAAAAUUAAGAAAAAUGGCUUUAAACCCCUAAAGGAGGUGGGAAAUUUAAUUUUUUUCCCUCAGUCUAUUCAGACACGAACGAUCCAGCCUGAUAAAUAAGUAAGCCUCUCCGCAAGUUUGUUUAAAAGCUUACUUGUUCAUAAAUACCAAAAGACGUUGGUGAAGAACAAGUUCCCCUUCCUUCCUUUGUGUUGUGUUCUUGGGAAAGAUACGUCACCCUUAAAGCGCUUUUCUCCACCCAGGAGUACAAAUGGGUACGGGUCGUUUGUCAGAGAAAUCUAACGAUUAGCUAGGUGGGAAAGACGGAGGAGGGGGCGGGGGGUCUUCGAUGGAAUGGUGUCCCAUCAAGGGGGAGUAGCAACACUCCCAGUCUUUUUAUGCAACAGAAACUGAGAUCAGUCCCGGCUCCAGUUGGAUGAUGGGCCGCUUAGGUUGAAUGCAGAAUUAUAGAAACCGAGAUAAGCUCGAGAUCUGAGCCAUUAAGCUCGAGAACAGACUCUCUCUUUAACCAUUCUGUGGGUGUCUCUUUGCAGUGGUCCAAUCCAUGCCAGUUCAUGUCAUCAGUGGAUUUCUUUAUCAUGCUGAUCGUCAACAUUUUACAUGGAGCCGUGUUUUCGAUGAUUGUGAUGGUGGCGGUAACGAACAAGUGCUUUAGUCUGACCUGUAUCUCUCUCAUCUUGUUAUGCUUUGCAAGUAUGCAAAUACUUUCAUAG